AUGGGUGAAAAUAAUACAGAAUGGAAAACAGUAAUCAAUGACCAUGCAGCCACCAGUAAAUUAUUGGGCAUGUCAGUUAAUGACCAUCCUUUAAAAAGUAUAGUUACAGAAAGAGUUGCAAGAAAAAUUUUGGGACCAGUUCCUGUUAGUGGAAUGACUACUCCAGUUGCAACUCCUGUUUCAUUAUUGGAACCACUAACUCUGGCAUUGAAACAACUUGAUCCUCUUUCAGAAUUUGCCCUCCAAGAGAUGGAUCCUUUAUCAAAAAUGGCAGCAGAAGCGAGUGUUCAAAAUCUACCUUCAUCAAGAAGUAAUACAAGCAAAGAAGGUGAAAAUGAUUUAUUUCAUCAAAUGGAACCAUGGCCUUUGAGAAAAACUGCCAUAUUGACUAAAUAUACAACAUCAGAAAAGUUAUCCAUUAUUACAAGUUUCUUAUCAGAGGGUGAAAAGGUGACUGUGAAAGCACAAAGUACUGCUGUAGAUAAAGUCCAACAUCGUUUAAAACAGUUGGACUCUUUCGAGGAAGGUUCCCAACAAAGAUUGGAUGUAUCGCAAGCUGAAUAUGUAUCGAAAAUAGAGCAGUUGAAUCGAGAGCUGGUUUUAGCUUGGAAUACAGAGCAAAGAGUUAAAGCUCUGAAAAUAGCAAUACAGUGUGCAAAGCUUUUGGGAGAUACUGAAGUACUUCCUUUUUAUCCUAGUAAAUUUGUUCUGGUCACAGAUAUUUUAGAUACAUUUGGAAAGUUGGUUUACGAUAGACUGAAAACAAAAGCCCAAUUUUUAAAACCUGGUUCUAUCACACCAACAACUUUACCAGACGAUUUUACACCUGAUAUGGUUCCUGAUACGGCAAAAGAAACCUGUCUCAAUUGGUUCUAUAAAAUAGCUUCAAUACGAGAACUUGUUCCUAGAUUAUAUGUAGAAAUUGCCCUUUUAAAUUCAUAUCGGUUUAUAUCUACCAACGAAUGCUGUGAAAGCCUGCAACGAAUGACUGAUAUGGUCCACGGAAUUGGCAAUCCAUUAGUUGCUUUGUAUGUUAGAUGUUAUUUAUGCAGAAUUGGAAUAACUGUUUUAAAGAAAAAGUCUGAAUUUGGGUUUUUACUUGCCAAUUUUACAGGAUUCUUAGAUUCUUAUCAACAUUUAUUUAGUCGUGGUGUCAAGAAUGAUCUAGAAAGACAAAAUAUGCAACUAUCUGGUUAUAUCACACUUUACACGCCUGCAUUAGAUUUUAUUCUGGAAGCAGUUAAUUGUGUAGUAAAUGAAUCAUAUCUACCGAACUUACUUACUAUAUGUCGACAAAAUAAAAACAGUUCGCUGAUAUUGAAUACAAUCAUGUCUGGAUUUAAACCAGCUUACAUAGCCGAUAGAACAAUGGAAUUUUUGGACAUGAUCAACGAUUGUUCCGAUGGAGGCGUACCCCUGCAUGUCUUGUUGAGGACUUUGGGACUGUGUAUAACGGUAUGUCCCCCACCUGCUGACCAACGACGAGAAAUUUUAAAUAUAGUUUGGGGGUACAUAAGUUCUUUUACGAAACCGGAUGAGUACAUCGCCUGCGCGGAAAUCUGGAUUCAAUUCGUUGUUGAAUAUUUCACGAGCAGAGAGCUAAAUUCGGUUCUUGGAGAUUUAAUCGAACAUAUGACACCCAAUAGGAGCUUCGAGAACCAUUACAACGAACUGAAAAUUGUGAUAUCAAAAAUAGUUGCCCAAUUUCAAGAUUUCGAGAUGCUGUUAAUUAUGGAUAACUUUUUGCCAGUUGUUGAUCUCUUCCAAGAGGAAUCGAUCAAAGUAGAAGUCUGCAAAAACAUUUUGACCUCCUGUAGCGGCCAAUACAAAACGAACGACCCCGUCAUAACUAACGCCUUGAUGUUUUUGUGUGGCAUUCUUCACGAUUCUGUCAACGCUUUGACACCGGAGGAUGAGUAUAAGCAAAUUGGAGAAAUAUUGUGCAAUGUCGUUAGAAAAGUGAAUUAUGGCAGAGACUUUGAACAGCAACUUAACUUUUUCGUGGAAGCUAGAGCGGCGUUUUCGAAUAUUGAUACUGUAUUGGCUGAAUUAGUGCAGCAAGUUAACACCCUUUCUGUGAAUACUCGACAAAUAAUGAAAGGUAUGCACUCAAGAAAGACUGGCGAUUUCGUGAGGGCCUGUGCAGCAUAUUGUUUUAUAACUAUUCCCUCUAUACUAUCUGCCACAACUCGCCUGGAACUCUAUUUACUCUCUGGACAAGUGGCUCUUUUUAAUCAAUGUUUGGGCCAAGCUGAUGCUUGCUUGAAGGCGGCACUUACCUUACUACUACAGAUUAAGAAAUCAGAACCAAAAUCUGAAUCAUACUUUAUUACCUAUAUACGAAAAUUUUUGUCAACACUCCUCGUGGUGCCUGAUAAUCCAGAUAGAGGUGUGCUGGGUCUAACUCGGUCUUUGCUUAAUGUGAUGAGGCAGAUAGACUGGGACAAACAGUAUUGCAACCUGGGAAUAUUAUAUGUUAACGUUUUAGAUCUGUUGUCAGUAUUUGCGCAAGAGGAGUAUCCAUAUCAGGUAGAAAAAGUUGAAUCCAACGACGCUCUCUACGGCUCCGAUCCAAAAUUCAUCAAUGAAAUCAACAAUAUGUGCUCUAUAGUUAUUAGGGAAAUACUAACUUUGCUCAAGGAUCUCGGAACUUGCCGAAGGCAAUCCCAGAUAGCGACUGAAUUAUUUGUUAGGUUGGCAACGAGAAGCGAUUUGAGUGUGACACAUACCGGUACCUUAGCUUUGAAUUUGUGGAAUCUCAGCGUGAAAAGCGGAUAUUCGGAUACUAAGUAUAUGAAAACAACCAAAGAAUAUUUGAGGAAAAGGAGUGAAUCUUCCGGAAACGUGCAUCUACAAAAUCUGGUUUCUAAAUUAUCUAUUUAG